UUCUAAAAUUCAUCUCCAAUCACGCAAGUAAUUUCAAUCCGGAAGCCAAAAGCCCAGCGAAGCAAUAAAAAUUCAUGAAACAACUUCAUCAAUGUUAAACACAAAUCCAAUCCCCCAACGAGGACAAUUAAUCCCCCUUAAUUCACCGAUUGAAAAAUCCCGAGUAAUCGAUCUAUUCAAACAGCUCGAGUGCUCGAAGAAAGGAAGAGAAUUGCGGUGGAAAAAAUUAAGGAGCAACAACAGGCGAACAUAGCGAAUGUCAGUGGCACCAGGAAGUGAUUGCUUUCAUCGUGAACGUCAGUGAAGGUCCUUGUAUAUAAGUAACAGACUGCUCUCAUUUGCACUACACUUCCUCUCAUUGAUUUCCAACAAUAUCUCCACCAUGAAUAUCCCGAGUGGCUCAAUUCUGGCAUUAGUAAUUGUCAUGGUGACUGCCUACGACGAUUUCUACGGACAUUCCCACGGCUAUUCCGGCCCCAAGUUGAUAUCCCAGUCGGUUCAUCUCAAAGAAAUUCCCACGAAAGUCGUGAAAAUAACAAAAACAAUAGCAGUGAAGGUACCUGUGCCGUAUCCUGUCAAGGUACCCGUCCACAUUCCCGUGCCGGUGCCAGUGAAACAUCCCUUCCCGAUUCCGGUUCCCCAGAUUGUGAAAGUUCCGGAGCAUGUGCCUUACGAAGUGUCCAAGCACGUCCCGGUUGAGCUGCCCCAGCAGGUACCCCUGCUACUUACUAAACCUGUUCCGUAUCCGCAGCCGUACCCUGUCCCUCAGAGUGUCAAGAUUUCCCAACCACUGCCGUAUCCAGUCCCCCAUGUCAUUCCAUUCCACACACACGAGGAGACCAGUCACAGUGAGCUGAAUCAUGUCGAUGGAGAAUCACAGCACGAGGCAUCGACUUCUUAUCACCAGAGUGCUCCACACGAGGAGGAGACAGAUGUCAAGAAGUUCGAUGCAUCGCAGCCCAUCGUUGUUCAACCACACGAGUGAUCAGAGGGAUUCUAGCUGAUGCAAAAAUUUGUAAAUAAAUUCCUCACGCUGUUUGUUUUUUUAUCUUGUUGUUACGAUUGACGAUGGUGAUAUUAAAGUUUUUUGAUAGAUCA